UUCAAAAAUUGAUGAGCUGUUGCUUUCGUUUUGCGAGACUUUCUGAAAUCAGUCUGUAAUUUAAUGCUGCCGCUCGAAACUAGGAAAACAAACUUUGCCACGUCAGAUUUUGCAAACCGAUACGACGAUAGGACAUGACAAGAGCUCAAGUUAGCUGAAAGAGUAGACGGAAAACCGACCUCUAGCUAGGUUAACAGGCCAUUCGUCUGACAAAUUUUUAACAACAGCAGUUGAAAGCUGGCUGGCUGUGUCUAGGCAGAAAGGAAGCAAAAUACCUCAUCGAGAUGGAGAACAAAUACAACCUCAAGAGUCCAGCUGUGAAGAGGCUGAUGAAGGAGGCGGCUGAACUCCGAGAGCCCACAGAGCACUACCACGCCCAGCCUUUGGAGGACAACCUCUUUGAGUGGCACUUUUCUGUUCGCGGGCCUCCAGACUCAGACUUCGAUGGUGGGAUCUACCACGGCCGCAUCGUUCUCCCCCCCGAGUACCCGAUGAAGCCCCCCAGCAUCAUCCUCCUCACUCCCAAUGGGAGGUUUGAAGUCGGGAAAAAGAUCUGUCUGAGCAUAUCUGGCCAUCACCCUGAGACCUGGCAGCCCUCCUGGAGCAUCCGGACAGCAUUAAUAGCGAUUAUAGGUUUCAUGCCAACUAAAGGAGAGGGAGCGAUAGGAUCACUUGAUUACACCCCUGAGGAAAGAAGAGCUCUCGCCAAAAAGUCUCAGGACUUCUGCUGUGAGAUGUGUGGCUGCUCCAUGCGGACGGCCUUGCUGGCACUCUCUCCUAACAGUGACCAUCGACCUGCUGACCCCCAGGCUCAGCAAUUAGCCCAGCAAAUCAACUUUAAGGCUGAGUCGAGCACAUCUGGGGCCAGUAGGGAUAAAGCAUCAGAGACUGAUCGGCAGAAUGAUGGAGAGGAGAGCUCCACAUCAGGGGGCCAAAACGAAGAGAGGGUAGCCCAGGCCGAACAGAUUGAAACAGCCCCGGCACCUGCAGGUGAAGCAGCUCCGGUCCCAGCAGCCCCGCCCACUUCCCGCCCCCUGAGCCCUCGGCAACGCCGUGCCCAGAACCAGAACCGCCAACAAAACCAGCCACUCCGCCGGCCCACUUUCCCGGCAUUCCCAGCAGCAGCAGCGCAGCCGGACGGCAGCCACACAGGCUCAGCUGUUCUCAUUGUGCUGCUCUCCCUCGCCCUAGCUGCCCUCGUUUUCCGCAGGAUCUAUUUGGCCCAGGAGUACAAGUUUGACUAUGAACUCUGACCCAGUUUUCAAGUUCCUACCUGCUGCCGAGUUCCACCAUCAUGACCACCAUCCGAGCCACCACUCAGUGCAGUUGAGACUCUUUCCCAUUGGGCAGACCCUUCUGCCCACCCCCAGUCAGUUUGGGAGCUCUUUAUCGUACAGGGCCAUUUGGAAGGACUCGAAUUGUAUACCCAGUAAAGAGGAUUUUGUUCCAUAACAUCAGAAUUUGUGCAUUCCUAUAGAAAGGACUGAACUAAUUCCCAAAGGAUUUGUCUGUGUGUGUGUGUCUGUGUGUCUGUGUGUCUGUGUGUCUGUGUGUGUGUGUGUGUGUGUGUGUGUGUGUGUGUGUGUGUGUGUGUGUGUGUGUGCGUGCGUGUACGUACAUAUGUGUGGUGGCUUCUGUUUUUUAAACUUGAAGUUUGUCUUCAUGUACUUCUAAAAAAAAGACUGAGUUAUGAACAUAAGGAUGUAAGCCUUACAAGGCUUCUUCUGAUGCAUGUGCUUUAAACUGUAGUAUGCUCCCUCUUAUUAUCAACAAAGUCAUACUUUGUAUUGCAACCUCUGCAAUGAAGUUGAUUGAGUCAUGUUAGAUUUAGACAUUACAUCUAUGUAACUUUAGACUCAGUAACACUUCCACAUGUUGAGGCUGUGAGUGCCAACUUAACUCACCUUAAACUGGGUUUUCCCUCCCAUGCUAAGAUCAGACAGUCUUCUUAAUUGCCUCUUUAGGCAGGGUCUAUCAGUUUGGUUUUAGUGUAUUUAAUUGUGCCCAGGUCCUACUGUAGUGAGCCUGAAAUUAAAACAGUUCAAUUUUAUCAGAGACUCACCCGCAUCAUGUAAACCAGUUGUAGGAUUUUUAACAAAAGACUGAUUAAAAGGGAGAAACUCA